UUUAUGAUUUUGUUUUAGGCCGAGCGGCCAGGUUCGAGAACAUACCUUAUUGGAAGUCGGAGUUUUCCCAGAGCAGCGAGGCCUGUAGUCUUGACUCCUGAACCGAAAUAUCAUCCUUGUCCUUCGUCAUUAAUCUACUUCAGGUUGGAUCACUGUAUACAUGGGAUCUUCAUUAGAAGAUGAAUAUGCUGCAUUCAGAGAGAAGGUCAAACGAACAGUGUACUUUGACAACCUGUCACCUCAGGUCACUGAAUCUGUGUUGAGAACAGCUCUUGAUCAGUUUGCAACUGUCAAAAAUGUCAAGCUCAUUCCCAACUACCUUGAGCCAAGGAAUGUGCCACAGUGUGCAUUAGUAGAAUUGGAUUCUGCUAAGAAGGCCAAGGAAGUUAUAACAAUGAUUGUGCAAUAUCCUUUCAUGAUAUCUGGGAUGCCAAGGCCUGUAAGGGCAUUCCCUGCAAAAGCAGAAAUGUUUGAUGAUCGCCCUAAAGAUCCUCGUAGAAAGUUAACCUGUCGUUGGUUGGAGCCAGGUGAUCCUGACUUUGAGGUGGCAGAGGAACUGAAGCAGCUUACACGCAAACAUGCUGACGAAGCUGCUUACUUGCACCAAUUACAACUACAAGAAGAGGAAAAGCUUUCAAUGCACCAGGAAGACACACUUAAAGGGCAUUAUAAGAAGUACAAGAUGAUAGAGAGCAUUAUGGACGGAACUGCCCAACGUCUGGCCCGUCAGUAUGAUAUGCGUGUUAAUAAUGAUUGAAGGCUUUAUUUGGACUCGCAAUACAUGUAAGUAAGAUCUUCUUUAUUGUUUAAGUUAUUUUCUUUGAAAGCUAUAUUGUCCCCUCCUGUUAUCGGGAAUAAUUUAUGCUAGGAACGUCUUUGUAUGGGCAUAUGAUCCAUGUCAAAGAACAAUUUUUAGUCUAUUCUUUCCUUUUAUGUUAAGAGGAGCGUGAUGGUGGAUAUUUAAUUGUUUAUGUUGUAUUGAUAUUUGUCAUCAUUACUUACAUUAAAGCCUUAUAACUUUAUUGCCUUGAAAAUUGGGAUUACGUUUAUUAUACGCUUAUGGAGAAAA